UUCUUUGUUUUCCUAAGGUCAUUCGUAGCAAAGAAAAAAAAAACGAAGGAAGAAAUUAGCGAGAUUGCAUCGAAAAUCUCACACAAAAUUAGCACCACCAAAGAAAUCCGCACUCGUCGAUCGCUGGCUCCUUGUUGAACGGAACUGCUUCGGGAAAAUGGCUUUCACCGCGAAUGAUGUGAGAAUAAGCGAUGAUUCGAAGGAAUUGUACUUCGACAAGCACGUAGAUUACAUCGCAAACCAUGGCAACGACAAGAAUGAUUAUGAGUAUUGCAUGACAGAAUUCCUCCGAAUGUCCGGAAUAUACUGGGGUGUCACCGGGCUGGACCUGAUGAACGAACUUGGCCGACUGGACAAGCAAUCCAUCAUAGAUUUCGUUAAAAAGUGCCAGUGCCCGACGAGCGGCGGUAUUGCCGCUUGCGAAGGUCAUGAUCCCCACAUUCUCUACACGCUGAGCGCUAUUCAGAUCCUGAUCAUCUACGAUUGUCUGGACGCGAUCGAUACGGACAUGGUGGCAAAGUAUGUGGCCUCACUGCAACAGCUUGAUGGGAGCUUUUUCGGAGACAAGUGGGGUGAGGUGGACACUCGGUUUUCCUUCUGCGCCGUGGCCAUUUUGAGCCUGAUCGGUCGAAUGGACGUGAUGGACGUGGAUAAGGCAGUGGCGUUCGUUAUGUCCUGCUGCAACGCGGACGGAGGCUUUGGGUCGAAACCGAACGCCGAAAGCCAUGCCGGAUUAAUCUACUGCUGCGUUGGCUUUCUCUCCAUAACGGACCAACUGCAUCGGUUGGACUGUGAGCGUUUGGCUUGGUGGCUCUGCGAACGGCAGCUGCCGAGCGGAGGCCUCAACGGACGGCCCGAAAAGUUGCCCGACGUGUGCUAUUCGUGGUGGGUGUUGGCUUCCCUCACGAUCAUCGGACGGUUGCAUUGGAUCAGUUCGGAAAAGUUGGAAAAUUUCAUCCUCUCGUGCCAGGACGCGGAAACGGGUGGGUUUGCCGAUCGUACCGGUAAUCUGCCGGACAUUUUCCACACCCUGUUCGGGCUGGGCGCUCUCUCGCUGCUGGGCGAUAAGCGACUGAAGCCGGUCAACCCGACGUUUUGCAUGCCACAGUACGUCAUCGAACGGUGCAACCUGAAGCCGAAAGUGAUCGUGCUGUAAAAGGAUGUCGUACGAAGGCGCCACAAUGUUUUUGGCUGACUUCUUUCUGUUUUUAUUUCACACCAAUGCAACUAUUAAAGUGAUGAUUAGACAAUGAAAAU